AUAGGAUAAUCUGGGUAGACACUUUGCCGAUACACAUUCCCCUUUCGCGAAUUUAUACCCACCUGUUUAUACAUAUACCUAUCUGCUUUCGAUCAGUUCUGCUUCGACCCUCUCAGAGUUUUGCGCCUAUCACAACGGAGGCCAUUCCGAUGUGUUGUUGAUCCCUCUGCACCAAAAGCACUCAAUUCCUAAUCCCAUCUAGUCGUGCUUAACGCCGCAAAUGACGGACUCCACGCCUGGAACCAAACGACUUCACAUCACUCCUUUCAACCUAGAGCUUCUCCCCUCCGUUUUGCCACCAACCAUUCGGCCCUUGGCCACGGAUAUUUCCUUUCAUUGUGUCCCAACCUUCCCUGAAAACAAUUACGGUUACGUGACGCUGCCGACAAUGGAGGCGGAAAAGGUUAAGAAAAAGCUCAAUGGCUCAAUCUUAAAAGGUCGCAAAUUCAAGGUGGAUACGGCGCGUCCACCGAAACGGCAACGAAGUGAGGAUGAAGCACUCGACAAGAUUACUCCAAAACCUCCGUCAGAUAAGAAGGCGAAGAAGCGGAAGGCGGCGGAAGAGACACUCGAAGGGUAUGAACUUCCGGCUGACCGCAAGGUGAAGAGAGGCUGGACAGAGUCGGCAGACGCCAAGCAAGACAGGCGCAAAGAAGAGAAAAGGAAUAAGAAGUCGAAGGAUGCAAAGGAGGGCAAGCCAGCCAAGUCACAGGCGAAGUCCAAGUAUACCGAAAAGGAAGAGUGCCUGUUCCGUACAAAACUCCCCCCUAAUCGGAUGUCAUCACCCGACGAGAAGCAUGAGAAACAGUCGAAGAGAAAAAAGCCUGCUCAUGAGACAAUCGGUUGGAUGGACACAAGUGGGACUGUGAAAGAGCCUGUCAGUGAUCGGAUAAGGACAGACCAAUAUAGACCGGGAUGCAUUCCAGGAACUAAGGAGAAGCCACGAGCUGUCAAGAAGGACAGCACCACGGUUCCUGGCAAGCCCAGAACGAAACAAACAAUAACCACUAAAGAAGCAGAAUCGACCGAUGAAUCAGAGGAUUGGACUUCUUCCAGCGGUGGGAGCUCGUCCGAAGAGGAUUCCUCGUCCGAAGAAGAUUCUCAAGAGUCUGAGGGCUAUGAAUCUUGCUCAUCUAGCUCGUCUAAUGAUUCAGAAGAUCUAAGCAUCGCCGAAGAACAAAAUUUGAACUCAUCAAAGCAGGAGAGUGUGGCCGAGUCACAUUCGUCAGGGCUUCAAUCUCUUCCGUCAGGAACUAAUGAUCAGACAGCGCCAACCCAGGAAGUUCAUCCGUUGGAGGCUCUUUUCAAAAGGCCCGCGCCUAGCACAUCUGCUAUAAACUCUAUUUCACAGGAGAAGCUACACUUCAGCUUUUUCGGAGGGGAUGACGAAGUUGAAAUGGAGGAUGCGACGGAAGCCCAACCUGCAGCACCACUUACACCUUUCACAAAGAGGGAUCUACGGGAUCGUGAACUGAGAAGUGCGGCCCCAACACCUGAUACGGCGUUAGUCAAUCGAACCAUUAAUUGGGAUAAGCACGAGCAGCCUCGGGUUAUGGAUUCAGACGAUGACGUGUACAUGACAACCCCGGUCUCAAAGGCUGCAUCAGGGCCCAAAGAGGAUUCCGAUUUUGUCAAAUGGUUCUGGGAAAAUCGAGGAGACAACAACCGUGCAUGGAAGAGAAGACGCCGCGAGGCCGCCAAAGAUCACAGACAGCGUGAGAAUCGGAGCAAGGGCAUGAAAGGCAAAUCCUAGAUUAUUCUCAC